ACGUUUCUAUGUGUAUUAAGCGCUAUAUAAAUGCGGAAUAUUAUUAUCAUUAUUUGGUUUUCAUUUGCUUUCGAAAACUCAGGUACCGCGGAUGAACUCUUAUUAACCGCAGAUGACAGUGCUGUAUCUAACUCAGAAUUACAAGAAACACUCUUCCUCCCUCCGGGCAGCUCGACAGGUGUGACGUCACCUGAAAUAUUGGGAUUAGCAGACGAGGACAACUCGGAUCUUUUGAAUGUUGAAGAUGAUCUGGACAGACUGUUAUCCGUUGGCACGAAAUCUAAACCAGCUCUCUCACCCAAAGCAUCUCCAGCUCCCUCCAAACCGCCCAUAAAGCCACGCAUAAAGCCACGAGCCUCGUUAAACCCCAAAUCCGCGUCCAAGACGAGCAUGCAGGAAUCAACGUUGGGGGCGCUAGACCAGCGUGAGUCGGAGCAGAUGGCGGAAGAUGACAUCAUGAAAUACAUUCAGGAGAACUGUGAAGGAGGGGACGCCAAAUUGGAUCUUUUCUGACCAGACGGAUUUUUCAAAAAAAAGUUUCAAGACGGGCAAAAAGUCCGACUUAGUCCCUAACCCUUUCUCCCUCUCAACAUCUCUCUAACUAUGUACAUUUGUCCAACUAUAAUUGAUGAUUUAUAAAGUAUAAUCGGAAGAAUGCUUUCGUAUUGAUUACUUAUAUGAGAGAGAAAAAGAGAGAGAGAAAGAAAGAGAGAUGGAAAGGGGGAGAGAGAGAGAGAGAUAAAGAGAAAGGAAGAAAUGAUAAUGAUUAUACUACUUUCACUCUUGUAAAGUAGAUCCAAGCCCCUUUAAUUCCCCAUUAGGUUUUUUUUUGUAAGGGCGGAUUA